AUGGAUGAUUCUUCAGAGACGGGCCGGGUCCCAGGCCCAGAGCAGCCGGAAACGGUGGAAGCAGACAUUCCAUCCUCGCCGAGUUCGGUGGAAACACCAAGUUCACCUACGUUUUCACCAACUUCGCCGUGCUACUGGUGGCCUGAUGAGGUGGACGAUUCUCUGCCUCAUUGGAAAGACCAUGUGAACGAGAUGCCGCUGUUGCCUAAUUUACGGCCUCGUGCCAUGACGCCACUAGGCUUCCGGGAUGAAGAUCCUAGUGAGACGGUCCAGAGACCAGUUCCGCUUUUCCAAAAGUCGCCAUGGUUUAAGCUUCCUCCCAAUAUUCGACGGGAUAUACUGCGACUGGCCUUUGGUGAUCGCCGUGUUCAUAUGAGUUUAUCCUUUCGAGAAAAGCAUACAUCUGAUGACGAGAAGGUCGAGUCUUGGCAGUGGUUUGGUUCCAUUUGCCAUCGGGGAGAGACGCCCAGGCCACGAGGAAAUGCAGCAGAACAGCAGGAGUUUUGGGAAGAUGAUUGCAAGCAUGGCGAUAUCGAGCCCCAGAAAAUUGGCGUGAUGAGCUGGCUGCUUUCAUGUCGUCAGAAAAUGCUGACUGACCUUGGCAGUUACGCUGAGAUGGUUGACUUAUUGUACUCGAGCAACACGAUUGCCAUGUCUGGUGAAGCGAUGAUAUCCCGUAUCGGGCAGCUGGUGCUCCCUCAGAGGCUCUCUGCGAUCACUUCUCUCGAAAUCAGGUGGCCUCUUGAGAGAGAAAAUGAAGCUUGUGCUGGACAUCACGAUGAUCACACAAACGCCAUACGCAGGCUACUUCAUCCGUUCCAGCUAAAUGUUGAUCAGCUGAGCGUUGUUCUGGAUAUGUUGUCACGUACAAGCUUCCCCAACCUUCGGAGACUAUGCAUAUCGUUUGAGAAGGAGUACAGUCAACGUGGUAUCUCCAACCCUGAGGCGCACGAUAUGAUUAUCAACAAGCUGCUGCAGUUUGUCAAGAGCAGAUCCAAGUUUAAAGAGUGUACCUUCGCGCUACCAGAGAAAGUUUUCGGUACUAUCACUGAAGAUAUUCGACCUGUGAAUUCCGGCUUGGAGAAGGCUCGAAGAUCUUGUAAGCAGGUCUGGUGCGCUUCCGAUGGGAGCCUGCAUAUCAUGCAUGUGCCUUUUGUAAACACCUAUCCCGACCCUCCGCCGUAUUUGGAGAACAGGGAGGAUGCUGGAUUCUGGCUGCUAAGAAUAAACUAG